AUGGAAAAAAUAAGAAACCAUCACUCAUCCAAGGACAUCGACAGAGUGUUAAAAUCUAAAUCAAACCCAAGAUAUAGAAAAAUCUGCUCCUUUAAUGUUACCAGACCAGAGGAUUAUCUUCAGUUCAGGGCUCUGAAUUUAAACAAAUUAAGAGCCGUUAGUCGUCUCAGAGUAGCAGGUAGUGAAGUGACUAGGCUGGGUUCACUUUUGGGCCUAACAUUGCUCACAGCGGCACCACUCAUACCUCUAGUCCAUCCAUCAUCCGUCCUUCAGAGCAUGAAUACCCUCCACUACCCGAGGCACAAUGGAGGACCAGGAUAUGGAUCUGGGCUAAAUAAGACUAAGAUGGAAGCUGUGUGGCGUUGA